AUGACUGAAAGUUGUAAAUCUUCAACAAGAUCACCGUCGUCAUCUCCUCUAGAUUCACCACUUCUAUCUGCUUCAACUACAACUGCAGAAGAAUUUGAAGAUUAUGACGAAGAUUUUGGUGCAUUAAUACAGAAAGUAAAAUCAAGACAACAACAGCAACAAGAAGAAGAAGAUCGAAAACCUUCAUUUAAAUAUGAUUUAGAAAUAUUUAAUCUUUGUAAAGAAUAUCUUAAUACUAAAAAUCAUCAUGGAUUAGCAUUAAUAGCAAGACAAAAAGGAAUACCGCCUUUCCUUCGAUUUAAAGUUUGGCCAAUACUAUUGAAAUAUCAUCCUUUUGUAUUAAAUCCUUUUAUUCAACCUGAUACAGAUAUCAUUCAUGAAGCUUCAACAAGAUUAUCCAAUAAUAAUAAUGAAACUACUAAUAAUGAUGAUUCCAACUGUAAUUCAAAUACUAGUGGAUCUUCAACUGCAAGUACAAGUUCAAAUCCAAGCGAUAAUGAAUCUGAUAUACCAUCAUCUAAUGAUCCUAAUGAAAUUAUAAGAUCAAAAAUAAAACGUGAUUUAUCAAAGUAUAUUCAAAGACUAAAAUAUUCUCAAUCAAAAUAUAUCAUAUCAGAUUUAGAACGAGAAAUACUAUCAAUAUUAGAAAAUUCAAUAUUAAAAUUUUCAAUUAAAUGGGGGAAAAUUAUUAAAUAUGAUUCUUCAUUAACUUGGAUGGCAUUAAAUUUAGCUGAAUGGUUCCCACCAAUUCCAAAAACUCCUUGGGUAUUAAUGGGAAGAGAUCAACAAUCUUCAAUUAAUAAUUUAUUAACCAUUAAUUUAUUAGAUGAUUAUUCAAAUUAUAUUGAUAAUAUCCCGGAUUUAAAACGAUAUCUUGAACAAUUAAUUUAUAAUGAUGAACGAAUUUCAAAUAUGUCUUUUCAUGAUGUUUAUGAACGAUUAGUAUUGGUUUUGUUACAUUGUCCUGAACCUUCUAGAAGAAGAAGUCCCCUUGUCAAUAAUGAGUCUGAGAAAAACAAGAAUCAGCAAAUACAAUUCUCAUUAGAAAGCCCGUUAAAAGUAAAUAAAACAACAUUACCAAUUACGGGAGGAACAAUUGAAGAAAGAGUAUCAUAUUUUAUUUAUUGUUUAAGAAAAGUUAUGCCCGAAUUAUCCCAAUUUUUCCAUGAAGAACAAAUAUUAACCAAAUUUGGUGGAGGUGGAGGUGGAUUAGAUGAUGAAUGGUUAAUUUGGUGGCUUAAAUUUUGUGGAUCAAAAGUUUGGUCAAGAUAUGAUCGUGGAAGAAUUUGGGAUUUAUUAUUAGGUUGGAGAUUAAAGAAUCCCAAACGGGAUUUUAAUUAUUAUUAUGAGAAAUUGAAUUAUGUAAAUCGAAAUACUUUGGAUAAAUUAGGUCCGGAUAUUUUUUGGUCUUUAAGUAAUGAAGAAGAGGAUGAGAAAUUACCUAAUGAGAAUACUGAAGACGGGGUAUUAAAGCAUAAUAAUUCAUUUAGAGAUUUAAUCCAAGAAUUAAAUAAUGAAUUCCAUAUUUCAACUAUUAGCGGAGCAACAAAGACUGCAUCUACUACAAGUUCACAAUCUUCCGCCCCAUCAUCAUCAGCAUUAUCCAAGGGUAAUACCAAUCCAAAUCUAUCUAUUCCAUUCUCAAGAAUAGAUCCUCAUAUUUCACUUAUAUUUAUUUCAUUAGCAUUAUUAAAAUCAAAGGAGAAUUUAUUAGUUGAAUUAGAUCAACAUGAAAUUAGACAAUUAUUAUCAAGAUUACCUUCAAAAUCAUAUAAUUAUAAACUGAAAAAGAAACAACAUCAACAUCAACAACAACAGAAACAACAACAACAACAACAACAGCAACAGGCAGAAGCUAAUUCAGCUCCAUCAACAACUCCAUCGUCGUCAUUAUCUACAUCUCCGAAUGAUCUUUCUCUUGAAACUGGUGGUGGAAUGAGUAAUAGUAUUAUAAUUUCAAAUGAUUCAUCAAGUGAUCAUAAAGUUAAUUUUAUCGAUAAUAUAAUUCAAGAAUCAGGAGAACUAUGGAGAAAAUGGUUAUGGCUGGAAAUGGUUGAUGAUAAUUAG